UGGUUGUUCUUGUACGGACUGCGCUGCGCUAGGUCGUACGUGCUGCAACGACCUCCGACCAAAGUUUCUCAAUACAGCCCCGGCGCUCGGUUGGUAAGAGGUUAUUCUUGCUCGGUGACCCACAAUUUCGCGCAGUAUUGAACUUUCCGUGUUUGUCUUUGUAUAUUAAUUAUUUCUGUUCCCAUUUCAGAGUAUUGAUCUUCACGCUCUCACUGGCUGGAUUCCAGAACGGACGUCCAUCAAGCGAAACAGUCCAGCAUUCAAUGAGAGUAUGCAUUUUGAUCGGCUCUUGAACGGAGUCAGAAAAGGCGACUGCCUCAUCACCGUGGCAACAGGUCCAAUGAGUGAAAGUGAUGCUGACCGAGCAGGGCUGGUACCUACUCACGCUUACGCCUUGUUGGAUAUCAGAAAAGUCCCGGGACAUCGUCUACUUCAACUCAAAAACCCUUGGAGUCAUUUAAGAUGGAAGGGAAAAUUCUCCGAAAUGGACUCUGUUAGCUGGACACCUGAACUUCAAAGAGCACUCAACUACGACAGAAAGAGUGCUCUUCAAAUUGACAACGGAGUUUUUUGGAUCAGCUGGGAAUGUGUCAUGCAAUUUUUCGACGUGAUUUACAUGAACUGGAAUCCAAAACUCUUCAAAUACCGUUACACUCUUCACUCGACUUGGACAGCUGCCGAAGGUCCGAAAAAAGACGUUUAUAAUAUUGGAGACAAUCCGCAAUACAAACUGGAGUUGUUGUCAUCUGACAGUGAUGCUGUUGUUUGGAUUCUGCUCACUCGACAUAUUACACGAAAGGAUGAUUUCGCCGAGAACAAAGAGUUCAUCACAGUUCACGUGUACAAAACAGAUGGCGGCAGAGUUUUUUACCCGGACAACCCGUUCUUGGAAGGAACAAAAAUUAACAGUCCUUUCUACUUGGCCAAACUGAAUGCUCCCAAAGGAACAAACCGAUUCACGCUAGUGGUCUCUCAGUACGAGAAAACCAAUACCAUUCACUACACUAUCAAGGUAUUUUCCUCCACUGAAUUUCGUUUAUCCCCCGUUCCUGUUCCAUACACAGUUGAAAAGCAGGUCAGUGGUGAAUGGCGUGGCAGCUUAGCCGGUGGAUGCCCAAAUUACUCCACACAUUCUAAUAAUCCAGUCUAUCGCCUGAAGCUAGAGACUUCCUCGCCUUCAAAAACUGCUGAAGUUCUCUUAAAACUACGUGGACCCAAGCAAUUUUCAGUGGGAGCCAUAUUUCGCUCAGUUGACCGAGCCUCUGACGGAAAGCCUGUGUACGAGGCCUACUCUGAAACUUACAGGCCUGGCUUUUACGUUCAGCAGCUGACCAGGGUGCCCGAAGGAACGUAUGACGUGAUUCCUUCCGCGUUUUACCCCGGACAAGAAGGGCCAUUUAUAUUGACGAUAGCAGCAAGUUGUAGGAUUGCACUGGCAAGGAAGUAGACAGCACGACAGAAAAGAAAGUCAAGCGAGUCUGCCGUGUACACGUUUCUUAGCUGGCGGCAACCUCCUUCCCAGGGUCUUUUCGGUUUUGCUUUCCAGUGAAGAUCACUGCUACAGAUGAACGAGGAGCACUGGGACGAGUUCAAAAUUACUGAGUAGGGGAGGGAAAGGUGGAAAAAGGGUGGAGGGACAAUACAAUAUGGCUUACCAGCCUCUAAAUGAGCACAUUCAGAAUUCAAACCUGAACAAAUGAACUGUUCUUGAAAAGAACGAGAAUAUAUUAGAGUACAAUGCUAAGUUAACUGAGCAGCUUUCCCGGAAAUGCCUUCUUGGAAUUAACCUUUUGUAACUGUUCAUGUUGAAGAGAAAGGACUUCUCGACGAGUCAUAGUUCUUCAAAUUUCACGACAGCCAACUUGACUAGUAAUUUGUGGAUAUCUGACUUUUGUAAAAAAUACAGUCCAAACGAAGAAAACAUUAACUUUUUGUAAACGCCCACUUUUCUCAACGAAACAGUCGUUAAGCUGACAAUGGGAUCGUGUAAAAUACCAGCUGCUUAAAACUUUUAUUCUUAGUAGAAGACAAUAACGUCCAUAAUUACAAUGUUAAGAUAAUAUUGCCUAUGAAAUAGAGAUGAAAUAGUUUUAAGUGAAGAAAUAUAAUUAAUUUUCUGUCCGUGGCAAAAGAAGAUUUAUUGUAUGCAAAUAUUUCUCAUUUCUUGUGAGUCCAGUAUGGCCGUCGCGAAAAGUCUUUGUAGUUCAAAGUUGAAAUGGAGAUGAACAACGAAGGACAUUUUCCACGCAUCGAGGUAAAUUAAAUACCCUCUGCUGCUCAAGAGCAUUGCUCGGUGUAUGCCGGCGAAGAUCCAUCGCAAAUUAAGGUAUCUGCUGUCCAAACGAUAAAUCUGCGAUGAGACUUCGCAUGCGAUAGUGUAUGAUUUGCCAAUCAGAGUAUGAGAAAAAAAAAUUUGCACUAGUCUGGUGUGCACUAAAAAUUUAAUGAACCUUUGCAUUGCGGAGCGCAAACACAUUUAUAUAACUUGGUGCCAUUUGUAUGUAGAGUAAGUAUUUUCCGUAAAUUAAUGUUUUCUACUUGUUUGUGCCAGAUUAUAAAUAUAUGGAUGAAGGUGCUAUGGAUAAUAAAGUAAUAAUAUAAUGGCAAA